UUUUAGGAGACAGCCAUGCAUAACGAGGAAUUUCAUCUGAAAUUUUUCAUGUGUAUGAUUCAAUCUCGCCGGUCAAUCAGGACUCCUCAGAGCACAGAGGGGGAAGUUUCAACCUCCAGCAUGCCUAUGCAGAAGCUACCACCAGAGACAAACAUCUUGAAGAGGCUAGACAAUAUGGAUGAUCCUGACUCCAUGGAUGGCAUAUCUAUUUUGAGAAAUGAGUGGAUCAUGACCCAUGAAGAGCACCAUGCAGCCAAGACCUUGGGGAUCGGCAAAGCAAUUGCUGUGUUAACCUCCGGUGGAGAUGCCCAAGGUAUGAAUGCUGCCGUCAGGGCUGUGGUUCGUGUUGGCAUCUUUACCGGAGCCCGUGUCUUCUUUGUCCAUGAGGGUUACCAAGGCCUGGUGGAUGGUGGAGAUCACAUCAGGGAGGCCACCUGGGAGAGCGUUUCCAUGAUGCUUCAACUGGGAGGAACAGUGAUUGGAAGCGCCCGAUGCAAGGACUUCCGGGACCGAGAGGGACGACUCCAAGCCGCCCACAACCUGGUGAAGCGUGGGAUCACCAACCUGUGUGUCAUUGGGGGUGAUGGCAGCCUCACUGGGGCCGACACCUUCCGUUCUGAGUGGAGCGACUUGCUGAGCGAUCUCCAGAAAGCGGGCAAGAUCACAGAAGAGGAGGCCAGGAAGUCUAGCUACUUGAACAUCGUGGGUCUUGUUGGUUCUAUCGACAAUGACUUCUGUGGCACUGACAUGACCAUUGGCACAGACUCUGCCCUGCACCGGAUCAUAGAGAUUGUAGAUGCCAUCACUACCACUGCGCAGAGCCACCAGCGGACGUUUGUGUUGGAAGUGAUGGGCCGGCACUGUGGAUACCUGGCCCUGGUCACCUCUCUCUCCUGUGGGGCCGACUGGGUUUUUAUUCCCGAAUGCCCGCCAGAUGAUGACUGGGAGGAGCACCUUUGCCGCCGCCUCAGCGAGACAAGGACCCGCGGCUCUCGUCUCAACAUCAUCAUUGUGGCGGAGGGGGCGAUUGACAAGAAUGGGAAACCAAUCACCUCAGAAGACAUCAAGAAUUUGGUGGUAAAGCGUCUGGGAUAUGACACCCGAGUCACUGUGUUGGGGCACGUGCAGCGAGGUGGGACACCAUCAGCCUUCGACCGGAUCCUGGGCAGCCGCAUGGGUGUGGAAGCAGUGAUGGCCCUGCUAGAGGGGACUCCGGAAACCCCAGCCUGUGUGGUGAGCCUCUCGGGCAACCAGGCCGUGCGCCUGCCCCUCAUGGAGUGUGUCCAGGUGACCAAGGAUGUAACCAAGGCCAUGGGUGAGAAGAAAUUUGAUGAAGCCAUGAAGCUGCGAGGCCGGAGCUUCAUGAACAACUGGGAGGUGUACAAGCUGCUAGCGCACGUGCGACCUCCAGUGUCUAAGACGUUUAACCACACAGUGGCCGUGAUGAACGUGGGGGCACCUGCUGCUGGCAUGAACGCUGCCGUCCGCUCCACUGUGAGGAUUGGCCUUAUCCAGGGCAACCGCAUGUUGGUCGUGCACGAUGGCUUCGAGGGCCUGGCCAAGGGUCAGAUUGAGGAGGUUGCCUGGAGCUAUGUCGGGGGCUGGACUGGGCAAGGUGGUUCCAAACUUGGGACUAAAAGGACUCUGCCCAAGAAGAACUUUGAACAGAUCAGCGCAAACAUAACCAAGUUUAACAUUCAGGGCCUUGUCAUCAUUGGGGGCUUUGAGGCUUACACAGGGGGCCUGGAGCUGAUGGAGGGCCGGAAGCAGUACGACGAGCUCUGCAUCCCGUUUGUGGUCAUCCCCGCCACGGUGUCCAACAACGUCCCUGGCUCGGACUUCAGCAUCGGGGCCGACACAGCCCUCAACACCAUCUGCACGACCUGUGAUCGCAUCAAGCAGUCGGCUGCAGGCACCAAGCGGCGGGUGUUUAUCAUUGAGACGAUGGGUGGCUACUGUGGCUACCUGGCCACCAUGGCGGGGCUGGCAGCCGGUGCCGAUGCAGCCUACAUCUUUGAGGAGCCCUUCACCAUCCGGGACCUGCAGGCGAACGUUGAGCAUCUGGUGCAAAAGAUGAAAACGACCGUGAAAAGGGGCCUGGUGCUAAGGAAUGAGAAGUGCAAUGAGAACUAUACCACUGACUUCAUUUUCAACCUCUACUCCGAGGAGGGCAAGGGCAUCUUCGACAGCAGGAAGAAUGUGCUUGGCCACAUGCAGCAGGGUGGCAGCCCAACUCCGUUCGACAGGAAUUUUGCCACUAAGAUGGGUGCCAAAGCUAUGAACUGGAUGUCCGUGAAAAUCAAGGAGAGUUACCGUAAUGGGCGGAUCUUCGCCAACACUCCGGACUCAGGCUGCGUUCUGGGAAUGCGGAAGAGGGCCCUGGUCUUUCAACCGGUGACCGAGCUGAAGGACCACACGGAUUUUGAGCAUCGCAUCCCCAAGGAGCAGUGGUGGCUGAAGUUGAGGCCCAUCCUGAAAAUCCUAGCCAAGUAUGAAAUUGACUUGGACACCUCGGAGCACGCCCACCUGGAGCACAUCAACAGGAAACGCUCUGGGGAGGCCCCCGUCUGAGCUCCGUGAAGGGGAUGGAUGGAUCGCCCCACCGUGGUCCACUCGCCCAUGCUAGAUCCAAGUGCACAUGUUGGCGCCGUAGCUUGUUUCCCUUAGGUUUCCUUUCACUCUGUAACCGCAGCCAUUGUCAGCUCUGGCCACGGGGUAGGGCCAGGGCCAGGGGCGGGGAGGGGAGGCCCCUCCUAGGUAGGGUUCCUUGUGACCUCUGCCCCACCUGCCCCAGCUUCAGCUGUCACCCACGGCUGUGCUCUAGUGUCACUGCCCCAUUUCAGUUACUCGGUUAGAAUUUUCCUUAAAAAUAAGCUUUAUUUAUUUGUUUCCCUGUAAUAACGACGUCUCGGCGCCCUUGAGUACGGUGACAAGCUGUAACCACACUAAUAAAUGCCAACUGGCCACCGUG